CAUGGCGCCAGCGUACAGCUGGACUGCACACAGACGCCACGGCACUUAUUCAACAAGUUACUUCACUUACUAAACGCAGCGUCGCGAAGAUAUUUGUAGUUUUUCUUUUUACUUUUAUUAUUAUCCUAGUUCGUUUGUUCUCUUUGACAAGCAAAUACCAGACAUUUUGGUCAUCGUGGUCUCAAAAACUCACCUGCUUAGCAAAAAGAACAGACAGACUGGACUCGCUGUAUUUCUCAAAGUGAAAGAAAAGUGAGCACUGAGAUUACGCAGACGGGAAAAGUAUUUUUUCCCCAGAAAAACAAGCCAUGUAACUGUGCUCGAAAGGCUUUUCUUCAGGGGACCUGCAUCUAAACAUGAGCGAAAAUAACUGUCCACUUGAAGAAAGGGAUAGAGACAGACUUCCUCCUAUACUAAACCAUCAGAGCUUGGAUCGUGGACCCAAGCUCCCUUUCCCAUCUUACGGAAGUUUCAUCUCCACCCUGAAUCACAAAAGAGAGACAGGGAGCCAUAGUUUUUCCUCUCCGUUCCUGCUACCUGCAGUUAAACAAGUGAGAGAACUUCCCCCACUAUUUCCAGAUGUGAGACAUAAGCAUCGUAUCUCUAUUGAUGUUCUCCCUCCAGAGGUGAAAGCUCGUUUUGUUUCAGAGCCAAUUAUUCCCAUUCGAACCAAAACUGCCAAAGAGUUUCAGGACGAUGUUGAAAGGGCAACUAUCUCAGGGGAUUGGAAGCAAGUCCAUGAUUUCUACUUGAUCACAUUCAACUCCUUUUUGGAACUCAAUGGUGCCUUUAAGAAAGAAGCAAAUGCUCCCUUCAACACUAUUGAAGACUCAGGAAUAAACAUCAAAUUUGUCAAUAUUGUUUAUGAUGCCUUGCUCCACACGCCCGCGGACACUCAGAAAUCAGUCCUGAAGGGAAUUAUUAAUAGCUUAUUAAGAGAAUGGAAAGGGCCCCGCACAAAGGAUGACCUUAGAGCAUAUUUUGUUCUUGUGCAGAACCCUCAGUACACCAGCCCCGCCACAUAUGUCAUCUAUGCACACUUACUGAGGCAAAUAGCAGCCCUGGCUGAAGCAGACCACCAUUUCCUGAUGCACUGGUUUAAAAAGCUGCCCCCAAAGCGUUUCAAACAGCUGGUGGAGCGCUUGCAGCUCUUCAUCACCACUCGCCUAUUUCCUGCCAAGCCAGAAGACCUGCCGUCCAUGGCAAAGUGCUCUUGGUGGAUUCCCUCAGCCACUAAAGUCCUCUCCCUUCUUAAUGCAGCAAACAGCAUUUCCUGUCUCCCUAUUGUCCCUUUCACUGAUUUCUACAACCUAACCCUGGACCAUAUAGACUUUAUGGAGGAUUAUCACACGUGGCAGGCUCACGGAAAUUCAAACAGGUUCACCUUCUGUCAGUUCCCUUUCAUCCUGUCCACAGUGGUGAAGAAGGCCAUUAUCCAGAGAGACUCUGAGCAGCAGAUGAUCAGCAUGGCCAGGCAAACCCUGGUGGACAAGGUUUCUCGCAGGCAGAGGGUGGAUAUGAGUCUGCUGUUUCUCAACAUUAAAGUUAGGCGUCUGCAGCUGGUCAGUGACUCACUGGAUGAGCUUUCAAGAAAGCGAGCAGACCUGAAGAAAAAACUGAAAGUGACGUUUGUUGGGGAAGCAGGGUUGGACAUGGGUGGACUCACAAAAGAGUGGUUUCUUCUCCUGAUUCGACAGAUUUUUCACCCAGACUACGGCAUGUUCACAUAUGUGAAGGAGUCCCAGUGCCAUUGGUUCAGCAGCUGGAAAUGUGACAACUACUCCGAGUUCCGAUUGGUUGGAGCCCUUAUGGGCUUGGCUGUAUAUAACAGCAUCACACUGGACAUCCGCUUUCCCCCCUGUGUCUACAAGAAGCUGCUGACCCCGCCCGUUGUGCCGUGUGACCUCGACACCCCCGUUGGCAUGGCAACCCUCACCCUGGAGGACCUCCAGCAGAUUAUGCCUGUAUGUACACAAGCUGUGACACACAUCAUGGCAUAA